GAAGUCCUCUUAACCUGACGUGCAGAGCGUUCUUCGGAUACAGCGGAGACGUCAGUCCACUUAUCUACUGGAUGAAGGGGGAGAAGUUCAUCGAGGAUCUGGAUGAGGAACGCGUUCAAGAGACCGAAAUGAAGACUAUCCGGGAGCACCUAGGGGAGCAGGAAGUUUCCAUCUCUCUGACCAUCGAGUCCGUGGAGGAGAGCGACCUGGGCAACUACUCGUGCUACGUGGAGAACGGUAACGGGCGAAGACAGGCCAACAUCCAGCUCUCUAAGACAGCGGAGCUGAUGUACACGGUGGAGCUGGCCGGCGGGCUGGGAGCCAUCCUGAUGCUGCUCAUCUGUCUGGUGACGCUGUACAAGUGCUACCGGAUCGAGCUCAUGCUCUUCUACAGGAACCACUUUGGCAGCGAGGAUAUAGAUGGAGAUAACAAGGACUACGACGCUUACCUGUCCUACACCAAAGUGGACCCGGACCAGUGGAGCCAGGAGACCCGAGAGGAAGAGCGCUUUGCCCUGGAGAUCCUCCCCGACGUGCUGGAGAAGCAUUAUGGGUAUAAACUCUUCAUUCCAGACAGGGACUUGAUCCCCACAGGAAGUUUCACCAAUGAUCAUUUCCAGGAUGACACAAGACUACUUAGAGCCUACAUCGAGGAUGUGGCGCGCUGUGUGGACCAGAGCAAGCGCCUCAUCAUCGUCAUGACGCCCAGCUACGUGGUGCGGAGGGGGUGGAGUAUCUUUGAGCUGGAGACGCGGCUGCGCAACAUGCUGGUGACCGGCGAGAUCAAGGUCAUCCUGAUCGAGUGCGCCGAGCUGCGCGGCAUCAUGAACUACCAGGAGGUGGAGGCCCUCAAACACACCAUCAAGAUGCUGACGGUCAUCAAGUGGCGCGGGCCGUCCAGCAACCAGCUCAACUCCAAGUUCUGGAAGCAGCUGCUCUACGAGAUGCCCUUCAAGCAGAUGGAGCCCCUGAGCAUCUCCCACGAGCAGGUGCUGGACGUCAGCGAGCAGGGCCCCUUCGGCGAGCUGCAGACCGUCUCUGCCAUCUCCAUGGCGGCGGCCACCUCCACCGCCAUGGCGACGGCACACCCGGACUUGCGCUCCAACUUCCACAACUCCUGCCACACCCAGAUGAGGCAGAAACACUAUUACCGUAGCUACGACUACGACAUGGCGCCCGGCGGCACGCUCCCGCCCAUGUCCACGCUGGGCAGCCAGCACACCUACUGCAACAUCCCCAUGACGCUCAUCAAUGGGCAGCGGCCACAGGGCAAGUCGCCGCGGCAACAGAGCAUGGAGGAGGCCCACGCGAACAACGCCAUGCUGCCCCUGCUGCCCCGAGAGACCAGCAUCUCCAGCGUCAUCUGGUGACAGAGAUCUGCACAGAGGACUCACCUCUGGCACUUGGACCCUGAACGCACCGGAGGCAGAGGCGCCUGAUUGGCCACUUGCUGCUGUUGAAUUUGCACCAGGAAACAUCAGGGGGAGGGUGGAUACUUUGGGGAUGAGGUGGUGGCAGAUUUUCAUCUUUUUUUUUGGUCCAAUGAGAGCUUUUAUUGAAACUGAACAACAAAACAAAAACAAGGGAGACUUGUUUGUAUGCCUGUAUGCCACCAUCCUUUACCCGGAGAGUCAAGGAAUACAGGGUCCUGUACAUACGUUUUCUAAUUCUUUGUAGCAUCAGUGUUUUGGACUUCUUCUUAUGUUUGAUCAUCAGUUGGGACUAUAUCUUCUUUUUCAGUUUGUACAAAAGUGAAGCAAUGGCCUGUGAGAUGUUUUGGAUAAACCGUUGUUAGCUUUAUCUUUAUUUGUUGGCCGGUGUAGUUUGUAAAGCUUUGGGAGUUUUUUCGGGAGUUGGGAUUUGGCUUGGAUUUCCUGGGAGGCUGCCGUAAAGGGUUGAGAAUCUGGACUCAACCAGAAUAUGCAAAACACGGAGUCCAGACAACAGGGACACGCUGGGUUCACACAUCGAUCAUAUUCGAACGCUUUCGAGACAUCCACGGAGGAGGAUAUGAAGAAUAUGGUGCUAGGCUACAAAUCUCUCUGUUUCUCUCACGAUUACGUUAAAAGACAAAAAAAAAAAACAGCCUUGCUAUUUACCUUAACAGAUGAUUAUAUCACCGAAACAUUAAUUAUGUGUAUUAUUUUAUGACAAAAGAAAAGUCUAUUUUUGUAACCCGAGGGAUAUUUGCUUAGUUCAAGUUUCUGAUGGAGGUAGAGAUCGGAGAGAGAUAAUAAAAAAAAAUGUUUUGUUAUGUGGAACUGCACAGCUCACCAUAGGUCAUUCACUAAAUGUCUUAUAUUGCUAGAGAAAGAGAAAUGUUGUUUUCAUCAUUAGAAAGAGGAGUUUUUGUCAUUUCAAACAGAUUGCAGUUCAGCAGGAUUUCUUUAUGUGUUGCUGAGUAUACAGUGAUGGAGCUGUGGGCAGUGCAGAGGGAGGAGAGGCUGGCCAUGGCACCUGGUUUCCUCUGAAGGACCAAACAAGUAUCUCUGAUAUUCACUUCCUCCUAAAUGACAGCUCUGUUAUUUGUUCGCCAUUCCCCCCUGUCAGCUGGGUUGACAAAUAAACGAGGGCUUGUAACACUUGCUAACUGGAUGACAAAGUAAUAUUUAGUUCAAGGGAAUGGGAUGUGACGCCAUCAAGGUCAAGUUGGCCAUCAGUGACUGCAACUCAACGAAAAGCGUAACAUUUUCACUUUCAAACCUCUUAAACAUGGAUUUAUAAAGAGGACUGGAGAGUCGGAGGCGGGGGCGGGGGGGAUGGAUAUUGACAGCUGCUGCUUAAGCUACACACGCUAUCCUCCAAAGAUGGCCGCCCCAGAAUGCACCGUGGUUCCCAUUGCAUUUUAACAUUUAAAGGUAACAUUUUAGAGGAUGUAAUUAAUUAUAUUUCUGACCUACUGACCAAUAAUCAUGGGGUGUAUUCUCCUCAACAAUAACCUUUUAGUAUAAACGCCUUCCAAAUAAAGAGGGACAAGAAUGUAUUUAAAGAUCUUGAUUAAAUCCUGGAGUAUAUGUUUCUACGCUAUAGAAAUGCUACUUAGAGCAAGUUAGAGCAGCUACAGUGAACCAUUCACAGAGUAGUCCUUUAUCUCUUUAAAUCAUACUAAAAAAAGAGCUAUGUCCGACUGUCCCUCCUGCAGCUGUGCCAUCUUUUCUGUUUCUUUCUAACCUCAUACUAAAACACCUGCAGCCUCUCAUCCCAUGGAGAUCAUUUAGUGCCAUAAAAUAUGCAAAGAGAGGACACAAUAAAUGAAUACACGUGUUAUUCCCCCUUUAUCUUCUAGCAAUCUUCAGUUUUUGAUUUGACUCCAAGGACGUGUCUCAAUCAGACCUUCCCCCCUUAUGAAAAGUGAGAUAUUGCUUCAAGGUAGGGCCCCACUUCCUAACACAGGAGUAGUUGUGCUCUAUGACAUGGCAUUGUGUAAAUAUAAUCAAGAAAAUAACGGGGUUUAGAUGACGACAAUCGAGCCAUAUUUCAGAAACACUAAAACCUGACUGCAGGUUAAAUGGAUGAGAUUUGGAGCUUGAGAUCAGCGAGAAGCAUUUUAUUCACAUUUCUGUUUCACGGUGAAAUUAACAUGUCUGGGCUCUGAUGAUAAAGUUGAUGGUGAUGAUGAUGGUGAUGGUGAUGGUGAUGAUGAUGAUGAAAUAAUGACGAUAUAUAGCACAGAAUUAUUCCAGGCACUUUCACGACUCUUGAGACGACCUAUUUCUGAUUUAUUUUCUAUUAUGUAUCUGCAAUGUUCAUUAAAAAGAGAUACUGUUAUUAUU